CAGAUGACAGCAACUGCAGAAGAAGAUGAGGGCGAGCUCUUCGGCAGGAAUGCAGCCUGCAGGCCCUCACAGGCUUUCCGGCAGUCAUGCGAGCAAUAAGCAAACCUGCAGCCCUCCGUCUGAAAAAACAAGAUGAGAGGAUACAGAGGCAUCAAGUACACCCUCUUCAUCUUCUGCUACUUUUUCUGGGUUGUGAGUGCUAUCCUGAUUGCGGUGGGGGUCUAUGCUAAGAUUGCCAAAGAGAAAGAUGUUGUGGACACGCUGACGGUGGAUCCCGCCCUGCUGUUGAUCAUGGUUGGAUCGGUGAUGUUUCUCAUCACCUUCCUGGGAUGUUUUGGAGCACUGCGCAAUUCCACAUGUCCACUGAAGAUGUUCUUGGUGAUCCUGGCAGUAGUCUUCCUCCUGCAGAUUGCAACUGGAGUCGUGGGAUACCUCUUUACUGACAAGGUAAUGGAGAGAACAGAGAAGCUGAUGAUGAAGGCCAUCGUCCGCUACAGGGAGGAUCGAGACCUGGAAAACGCCAUUGACUUUGUCCAGAAAAAGUUCCAGUGCUGUGGUGUGGAGAACUACAAAGACUGGUCACAGAACCCUUACUUUGAUUGUUUGGACACCAACCCCAGUCUGGAGGCCUGUGGAGUUCCCUUCUCCUGCUGCAUCCACCUAAAGAACCAGACUGUGCACAACACCAUGUGUGGGUAUGGGAUGCAGAUGCAGAAGGAAGAUUUGGCCAGUAAGAACAUUUUCACUGUUGGCUGUUUGGAGAAGAUCCUCUGGUGGGCCAAGAACAACCUUCGUCUGGUGGGCGGUCUGACUGCCGGCCUUCUGCUACUUGAGGUGUGCAUGAUGUCAUUGGCUAUCGCUCAGAUAUCCUGGAUCAAGAAAGUUCGGAAGAAAACAGAGGACAACACAGCUGGGAGACGAACGGGGAGGAAGGAUAGCGUAGAGUUCACUGAUUUUCCAGGUUUUGAAUGACAGAUCUGACCAUGGGAUCCUGGAUGAGUCAAGAAAUACAAGGCUUUGAGUCCACUUCAGGAAUUUACUAUCCUUUGCAUCUGGUUUAAAGAAAAAAUGUCUGCCUCAAUUUUAGCCCAAACAGUUUGUAAAAAAUCAGUACUACAGAUGUGAUAAUGGUGUGUUGCAAGCAUGUUUGUUUUCAUGUUGUGUGAAGUUCUGUAGAUCGGUAAAGACUGAUAGUGCAUGUAGCAGGUUUAUUUAUUGGAGAACUUUGACCUCAGCUGGAAUAUGCUGCAACUUCUUUGACCAUCAAGAUGUAGUGUGUGCCAUUUCCUUCCUUUGGUGUUCUUCCUCUCCAUGGUUCAUGGACAGAUUGUCUGCACUACUGCUUAGGUGAACCGCACCAGAGUUCAUCUGCAAGCAAACAGAGACCAAAAGGACAAAGUUUGGGUGACCUUUAACACCUGCCAAACCAGGAGGACCAUAAGAGGAAAUCAAAUAUGAACUGAAAGUUUCACAUUAACUAAAACAAUGACGGGUAUUCUUGCUUUUCCUAAAAA